AUGGAAAUGGACUUAAAGCUUGAGGUGAUGGGGAGAGAAGUGAUCAAACCUGCUACACCCUCACCUCAUGAUCACCUUCAACUCUCUCUUGUUGAUUUCUCUUGCCCUGCAGUUUACGUCUCAAUCAUCUUCCUCUACAAAUCUGAAGAACUAGCCACUGCAUCGCCGGAGAUCAUCUCAAGUAAACUGAAACGCUCUCUGUCCAAGACUCUCUCCCGCUUCUAUCCAUUCGCUGGAGAGAUAGAAGGCGUCUCCAUCAACUGCAAUGACAAAGGAGCCGUCUUCACUCAAGCACGCACCCAUCUCCUUUUCCCCGAGUUCUUGAAAAACCGCAACGUUAACUCUCUAGAGGAACUCUACCCAAAGAUCGAGGCGGGAGAUUCUCCAACGAAGUGGCCAUUGUUGAGUGCCCAUGUCACUUUCUUCGGGUCUGGAUCAGGAGUGGCUGUCUCUGUCUCUGUCUCUCACAGGAUAUGUGAUGCGUCUUCAUUUCAUAUGUUGUUAACAGACUGGGCAGCCACCACGGCAAACAAGAAGUCAAAUGUGAGCACUCAUCAGUUUGCUGAAGCUACCAUUUAUCCUCCUGCUCCACCUCACAUGGCUCUACUACAGUCCCCAACAAUGGACUCAAAGAAGUGUAUAAUGAACCGUUUCGUCUUUGAGCCCUCUAAGAUCGCUGAGCUCAAACGCAAAGCCACUAGCCAAAGCGUCCCGAUGCCUACACGUGUGGAAGUUAUCACGUCAGUUAUAUGGAAAUGUGCUACAAAUGCCUCACGGUCUAACUCGGUUGCUCCAAGGUCAACGCUCAUGUAUCAAGCCUUGGACUUGCGGAUUAGGCUUCCUUCUAAUGUUUUGUCACAUGACACGAUUGGUAACUUACAAACAGCAUUCUUUCUCAAGAAAGACGCAGAGAGCAAACUGGAGAUCAGUGAAACCGUGGCCUCGUUCAGGACCGCCAAAGAAGGACUCAUUCAGAUGUUAAAAGAUAAUGUCCAAAGUAAUACACUUGGUAAGGGUUUGUUGAAGGUGAUGGGAAGUUGUAUGUCGGAGUUCAAACCUGACAUAGAUGUAUACCCAAUGUCUAGCUGGUGCGGAAAGCCUUUUUACGAAGUUGAUUUUGGAUGGGGUUGUCCAGUCUGGUUGGGAUCCCCUUCGCGUACCAUAUAUGACAACAUGGUGUAUAUUGCACUGAUGGACUCAAAGAAUGGGGGAGGUGUGGAAGCAUGGAUAAGCUUACCUGCGGAAGACAUGUCUGUGCUUGUCCAUGACGAAGAGUUGCUUGCUUAUGCAGUUCUAAAUCCUCCCGUACAGAUCUAA